AUGAAAUAUAAUAUAAAUGGAAAAUACCGGUGGGGCAAAAUGAACAGUGACAUAGACAGUUACGUAGAUAAGUGCUAUAUAUGCCAAAUGGAAAGCCCAAUGUCAAAAUAUAAAGACAUUACUCCGCUUACAGUUAACCAGAUAGGUGACGUUUGGGAAAUAGACAUGGUGGGACCAUUUCGAGAGAGCGAAGACGGCUUUAGAUUUUUAAUUACAAUGAUAGAUCACUUUUCUAAGACAGCGGAAGUAGUGCCGGUAUACACGAAAGAUAUGAACACGGUAAUUCAAUUAAUAGAAAUCCGAAUUGUAAAAAAUACGAAGUCCUGA